AGUAUAAAAGGCUGCGAGCCGCUUUAAUCCGCAGCAGCAGCACGGACCCGCUCCAGAGCCGCAUCCCGCACACCGAACCACAGGCGAGCAGCCCGGACGUCAUCAUGCCUUUUGGAAACACCCACAACAAGUUGAAGCUGAAGUACACGGCGGAGCAGGAGUACCCCGACCUCAGCCAGCACAACAACCACAUGGCCAAGGUGCUCACGUCCGAAAUGUACGCCAACCUGAGGGACAAGGAGACGCCCAGCGGAUUCACCCUGGACGAUGUCAUCCAGACUGGCGUUGACAACCCAGGUCAUCCGUUUAUCAUGACUGUGGGCUGUGUGGCUGGAGACGAGGAGACGUAUGAAGUGUUUAAAGACCUGAUGGAUCCAGUGAUCGAAGACCGCCAUGGAGGAUACAAACCAACAGACAAACACAAGACGGACCUGAACCCUGACAACCUCCAGGGUGGAGAUGAUCUGGAUCCAAACUAUGUGCUCAGCUCUCGGGUUCGCACAGGACGCAGCAUUCGUGGCUUCUGUCUGCCGCCACACUGCAGCCGUGGAGAGCGACGCACUAUUGAGAACCUCUCCAUUGAAACUCUGGCCUCCUUGGAAGGAGACCUGAAGGGGAAGUACUAUGCUCUGAAGAACAUGACCGAUGAGGAGCAGCAGCAACUCAUUGAUGACCACUUCCUGUUUGAUAAGCCUGUGUCCCCGCUGCUGCUGGCGUCCGGCAUGGCCCGCGAUUGGCCCGAUGGCCGUGGCAUCUGUGCACCUUUAAAUUUAGACAGAAAAAUUGGGUAUUGAACAUCAUUUGACCUGCUCUGGAAACUUUAGGUUUCUGCAGCUUAUUUUCAAAUCAACCAGUGCUGAACAAGUGCCUCUUAAAAACAUGAUAAUUUAAUAUAUCUAAUAAAUACACAAGUUUUUUUUUUUUUUUUAUUGAAAAAGUGAUAAACAAGUCUCAAUUUAAGCUGUAUUAAAGCCAGGUCAUAGCAUUUGUAUUAAACACUGAUUUAAAAGCAGAUUUGAAGCAGCAGGAACCCAUUGAAAGCUUUCAAAUCUUCAACCUAGAGCAACUGGUUAUAUGAUCCGACUGAUCUUAAAGGAACGUGAAACUAUCAAAGAGACUGCUGGGAGUUUGAACGAUUGGUCUAAAGUCAAAAGGUGGGUGUCAUCUGCAUAGUGAAUUAAAAGGGAUGAGAUGGGGAGCCAUGCUUUCUGAAGCAAGUAGAAUGAGAAAGAGCAGGACCCAGAAUGGAUUCAAGAGGGACUGGGUCAUAAACAACCAGAGAAGCAUCCUUCCAAAAGUUUUUUUUUUUUUUUUUUUUUUUUUUAGCAUUCGCUAUUUUAGAGCAGCUGAAUGUGAAAAUGUCAAACCUGUUUCCAAACAGUGGUGUUCUGUGGUAGAGUAGCACCUCCUAUUCCUGUUCCAACACACAGUGGUGUUUUUGUGUAGAUUUUCUGUCUUACCCCAUCUAAAAAUUACAAUUCAAUUCAAUAAAACUUUAUUGAUCCUUAAGGUUGGCCCUGAAGGAAAUUGGGUUAAGGCUGCCAACCUUUGCCACCACCAUCUUACCCUUCUGACCUGAUACAUUACAGAAACAUCAUAUGGGGAAGACAGGUCAGCGAGGUAUAGCAACGGAAAAUGCACAACAUAAGGAAAGACGAGGAGAAAAAAAGAACUCCCUAGACUGAGCUCCAGCAGGGAGAUCUGUUUGAGAACAGAAAAAAACACCUCA